AUGGUAACAGCAGAUGUGAAAUGUGGUGGAUCUCCUUUUAAUUUGAUGUUACUCCUUAGUGAGGACACCUUGAUGAAACUUUCAGAUGAUCCUCCAAACUCACCCGAACCAUGCAGCUGUCCUAAGGGCUCAAUGAUAUUCAAAGAACACAUUCCACAGGAUGAGCUCAAGGAGAUGGCAAAGCGGCGGGCUAAGGAACUACAACAGCACAAAGUCAGGUAUUGCAUAGAUAAAUGAAUUACAUGCUUUCAUUGGAAUAUAUACAUAUAUAUAUAUAUAUAUAUAUAUAUAUAUAUAUAUAUAUACAUACACACACACAUACAGUACAGGCCAACAUUUUGGACACACCUUCUCAUUCAAUGUCUUUUCUUUAUUUUUUAUAUGACUAUUUACAUUGUAAAUUAUCACUGAAGGCAUCAAAACUAUAAACUAGGGCCCCGGUGGGGCACUGGCGGGCCCGAGCCGUGUCGCGCCGCCCCCAGUGCGACCGCCUACCCCUCCCGAUCGCGUCACACUCAAGGUCCAAAGAUGGUGUGCGCACUUGUCUGUGGUCAUUUACCAUAAUAAUGAAUGGGAGGCGCAGUUUCUACCAAAACGCUAGCUGCAGACAAACUCCAUGUCCUUUUUGAAAAAAGUCUGUACCAUGAGUGAGGGCACAAACACAGCUAGUAUAUAUCCAAAUGGCAAGUUGCUCCUCCUUUCGGUUUUGCCGAGAGAGCGAUGCGUUUGAGCCAUUGAGCGAUGGGCAGGAAAAACUUGACUUUUUCUCCUGCCAUGGGGGGGCGCUCUUUUGGGGAGUAAAAAUUCCUUCACAAAUGUGUUGAUGGCUGGACAUUGCAUCAUCCUAGAAAACUUGGAGGCCAGUGAGCACAAAAAUAAAAAGUUAUAAGACUUUUAAAAAUGUGGAUGUUUGGGUCCUCUUUGGGGCCCCCUAGAACGUAGACCGUGGGGUGCAGCGUCAUGAUUUUUACAACUUUGAAUGGCCAUGGGGUGUAGAUUGGCCUGAGCAAAUUUGGUGUCAGUGGGACGAAAGCCUUAGGAGGACUAAGCCACAUUCCAAUGUGUGCGAAUCUGCAAAAAAUGCGAAAAAGCCCUUUAACCGUACAUUUUACAGAUACGCGCGCAUUGACUUUUUCGUAGAUCUUAUUGAGAUGCACGUGAUUGUCAAAUUUUGUGUCAAUAUGACAAAGCGUACAGGCGUGACAUUCAACAAUGUGUAUUUUCGCCUUGGGGGACAAGAAAAAAUGGACUUUUUUCUCCUGCCAUGGGGGGGCGCUCUUUUGGGGAGUAAAAAUUCCUUCACAAAUGUGUUGAUGGCUGGACAUUGCAUCAUCCUAGAGAACUUGGAGGCCAGUGAGGACAAAAAUAAAAAGUUAUAAGACUUUUAAGACUGUGGAUUUUUGGGUUAUCUUUGGCGCCCCCUAGAACCUAAACCGUGGGGUGCAGCGUCAUGAUUUGUACAACUUUGAAUGGCCAUGGGUUGUAGAUUGGCCUGAGCAACUAUGGUGUCAGUGGGACGAAAGCCUUCGGAGGAGUUAGUGAAAUUCCAAUGUGUGCGAAUCGGCAAAAAAUGCAAAAUAGCCCUUUUACCGUACAUUAUACAGAUACGCGCUCAUUGACUUUUUCGUAGAUCUAAUUGAGAUACACAUGAUUGUCAAUUUUUGUGUCAAUAUGACAAAGAGUUCAGGCGUGACACUCAACAAUGUGUAUUUUCACCUUAGGGGACAAGAAAAAAUUGACUUUUUUCUCCUGCCAUGGGGGGGCGCUCUUUUGGGGAGUAAAAAUUCCUUCACAAAUGUGUUGAUGGCUGGACAUUGCAUCAUCCUAGAAAACUUGGAGGCCAGUGAGGACAAAAAUAAAAAGUUAUAAGACUUUUAAAUAUUUGGAUUUUAGGGUUAUCUUUGGCGCCCCCUAGAACCUAAACCGUGGGGUGCAGCGUCAUGAUUUUUACAACUUUUAAUGGCCAUGGGGUGUAGAUUGGCCUGAGCAAAUUUGGUGCCGGUGGAACGAAAGCCUUCGGAGGAGUUAGCAAAAUUCCAAUGUGUGCGGAUCGGCAAAAAAUGCGAAAUAAACCUUUAACCGUACAUUAUACAGAUACGCGCUCUUUGACUUUUUUGUAGAUCUUAUUGAGAUACACAUGUGUGUCAAUUUUUGUGUCAAUAUGACAAAGCGUUUAGGCGUGACACUCAAAAAUGUGUAUUUUCAUGUUAGGGGACAAGAAAAACUUGACUUUUUUCUCCUGCCAUGGGGGGGCGCUCUUUUGGGGAGUAAAAAUUCCUUCACACAUGUGUUGAUGGCUGGACAUAGCAUCAUCCUAGAAAACUUGGAGGCCAGUGAGGGCAAAAAUAAAAAGUUAUAAGACUUUUAAGAAUGUGGAUUUUUGGGUUAUCUUUGGCGCCCCCUAGAACAUAAACCGUGGGGUGCAGCGUCAUGAUUUGUACAACUUUUAAUGGCCAUGGGGUGUAGAUUGGCCUGAGCAAAUGUGGUGCCGGUGGAACGAAAGCCUUCGGAGGAGUUAGCGAAAUUCCAAUGUGUGCGGAUCGGCAAAAAAUGCGAAAUAGCCCUUUAACCGUACAUUUGACAGAUACGCCCGCACUGACUUUUUUGUAGAUCUUAUUGAGAUACACAUGUGUGUCAAAUUUUGUGUCAUUUUGACAAAGCGUACAGGCGUCAGGUGAGUUUUCACCAUAGGGGGCGCUAUGGAGCCAUUUUUCAUUUUUUUGUUUGUGCGACUUCAGAAUAUCAAAUUUUUCACCAGGCCCGGUCGUCCUGCCAAAUUUCCUGAGUUUUCGCCAGUGGGAAGUGGGCCAUUUUCCAGUUUAAAGCGGAGGAAAAAUAACGAAAGAAGAAUCCAUCAGGAACAAGAGGGCUCUCGCAGCUGCUUAGCAGCUACGCUCGGGCCCUAAUGAACAAAUGUGGAAUUUUGUACUUAUAAAAAAGGUGUGAAAUAACUGAAAACAUGUUUAUAUUCUAGUUUCUUUAAAAUAGCCACCCUUUGCUCUUGAUGACAGAAGUACUUAGUGACUGACUGUCAGUCACUAAGUAACCCUGACAAGGCACACCUGUGAAGUAAAAACUAUUUCAGGUGACUACCUCAUGAAGCUCAUUGAGAGAACAGCAAAAGUUUGCAGCACUAUCUAAAAAUAUAAAACAUGUUUUCAGUUAUUUCGGCACAACCCGGUGUAAGUAUCCCCCCUCCCUAACUCAGGUCCUCCCAGUGGCGUGAGUCGUAGAGAGGGAGGAGAGAGGGCGUGGAGUAGGUUUAACACAGCCGAGACCUGUAUUGACCAAUAACAUAAGUUCCUCUCCUUGCCUUUAAAUCCUCCACUAACGAGGCGUAUAACAAUUUUUGUGCAGUAGUCAAAGAGCUUAAGAGAUGUCUGAAGACAGUAAUGCCACACGAUGGUGAUAGAAGGCAGAUCCUCAACAAGUGUCACUGUAAGCGCUGCAUUGGGCAUCCUGCACACUGUCUCAUAUGAGCACAGAUGGAUUUGGUGUGUGUAAGGUUGGACCCACUGGUAAGACAAACACCCUUUUCCACAAAUAAAGACACUCACAUAAAGUUGCAUAUAUUCAAACCUUACGUGACAAAGGUGGGUUGUGCGAAACAUCUGUGCGUAAAUGACGGAUCGCGCUCGGUGGCCUGGCUCUUUCUUUCAUAGAUGUUGGCAUAUAAAAUAAAUUUGGCUCACAAAACUGAAUAUUAUAAUAUUCGUAUGUAGGCUUAAAAUAAAUAAGUCAUCUGAUCACUGAAAUAAAUCAUCUGUUCAGCCGCCGCAGCAGCAGCUGCAGCAGGACGGGGAGAGGACACGGAGACAUGUCCAGGUCGAGCUGCGCGAGAAAGAAGAGGAAGAGGAAGAAAGAAAAGGAGGGAGACGAACUAAAUAUCUUGUUCACUCCAUCAUGUGUGUCUAUUUACUAGAUAUUCAAUUUAAUUUAAUUUAAUGCAGUUUCAGCUGUGUUGAUUCAGUCAGGUUGAGUGUCCAAACGCGUGCCAAAUGCGCUCAUCAGAUCAGAUAUAGAUCAGAAUAUAUCUAUAUAGAUCUAAAUGUAUGUUCUGACUCAGAUUAUUAGUUGUUGUUGAUUAUUUAUUGCACUGAAAUGUGCCUGAUACUGCGGAAACCUGCCAGUGAGGCAUCGGUGACGUAUGCCAAUACACUGCCGGUCUACCAAAAUACCACUAGACGAGCAGUGCUCCGUCUGCGCUGAAAGCUGAAUCAGGUUUGAAUCUGCGAGCUUUCAGCACACUUUACACGCUACUGGCCAGCACGAAAAUGUCACUGUGCCAGCUUAUUCUGUUGACACCUCCCCCUGCCACACCACCACGCCCAUGAAAAUACCAAACUGCCACCCUCCGCUGGUGGACACGAAAAUAGAGCCCCUUGAGUUCAAGUUGUCUUGUGUCCCUUUUCCCUUUUCUUGUGGACGUUUUCAAAUACAGUUGAAGAUCCAUUUCCUUUGACUUGACUCUGUUACUGUUUAUGUCUUAUUGUUUCAUCCUUUUUACUCUGUCGUUGUGAGGCACUUUAAGGCUUGUUCCUGAUAGGUGUGAUAUAUAUCAACUUUACUUAUCUCAUGUCUUAUCACCUGUUCAUCCAUUUCCCCCCUUCCAGGACAACGUCAGUGUUAUCUGAACUGCUGUUUGCUGCACCUAACUCUCCUCUGAGGUAUCCUAUCCAGGGCUUUACAGUGCAGCCUUUGAUUGCUACAUCAAUACCAGGUACACCAUCAACAAAAUACAGAUCAGACAGCGUUUUUGUGUGCUUGUAUUUUUCAUGUUACACUACACAACAAAAUUAUGAACAGGGAAGUUUUUACAAAUGUGGCUUAGCUCUAUAGCUAUAAAGCAUCACAUGGUGAUCUGCAGUUAAGCUUUCAUUAAAAAAAGACCUUAAUUCAUUUUGGCUGAGUCUAUUACAAAUCAAUGCAAUGGGGUACACCAUUGUGUAGAAUCAGUAGAAACAUUAACAAACAUAUCAAUACAGGUAAACGUUAAGAUGGGAGGCUGGAUAUAUUGUACCACUUCAUAUAUUAUACCACCUCCUUGGUUAUUUUUCUUGAUUAUUUUGAUCUCAGAAACUACACUCUGUUAGUUACAGUUCAUGAAACCUUUCAAAUCUUCACUAAAGGUGAGUUAUCAAUGACAGUGGUUCUUUUGUUUUACAGGCCUGCAGCUGCAUGCAGGAAAAAGAAACAACUACCAGGUUGGUGUGAACUCAUGUCAUUGUUGUCAGCUCAUUGUCAUUCAAAUGUAUCUGAUACACUUUUGGCACAUACAUAUGUUGCUUAAUUGUAUGAGGUGGUUUCUGUUUCAUAUUUUAUCAAAAAUAAUGUAUCAUAUGAGUUUAGGAACACAAACCUCUUUUACACUAGAGCGUUAACCUGUCAUAUGACCACUGAAACUCUUUGCACUUGCCUCUUUGUCAUUGCGAUAAAUGAACUGAGGAAUUGUGGUAAAUAUACAUUAUAGUUCCUUUGCGGGACUUUUGGUUUGUAUUAAUUUUAGUGCCCCCUCUGGACAAAGCACUGAUUUACUACCUUCACACAGUAUGUGUGCUGUCCAACAAGAGGAGAGAGGACCCUGAACUUUCUGUAUGCUAAUUUAAUGGAUUCUUCCAUUUUCCCACUCAACCGUACCAACGCUCACCUAGACAAACUAAAGAGCACUGUAAGGGUCAUGUUUUUAGUUUCUCCAGAGCUUUUGCCACCAUCAGGUCGGCUCUACUGGGUGAGAAGCUGAAGGUGGAGGCUCCUCUUGAGUCCUGGAUUGUUGACUGUCUGACUGGCACACCACAGUUUUAAUGCUUACAACACUAUGUGUCAGACAGAGUGGUUAGCAAUAAUGGGGCCCUGCAAGGGACAACACUAUUUCUUCACCCUCUACUCCACAGACCUCAACUACAACACAGAUUCCUUCCACCUUUAGAAGUUCUCUGAUGACUCUGCAGUAGUUGAAUGCACCAGGAAGGGUGAUGAGGCUGAAUACAGGACUGUGGUGAAUAACUUUGCCACAUGGUAGAGCAGAACCAUCUUCAAUUCAGCAUGACAAAGACCAAGGAACUGAUAGAUAAUCUAAGACAGAAAAGGAGGUACUGGUGACACCUGUUUCCAUCCAGGUGGUCAGUGUGAACAUUGUUCAGAACUACAUGUACCUUGGGGUGUUUAUUAUACUUACUGGCUUUAUUGUCACAAAACUUGGUUCAGUGCCCUGCAAUAACACUGGCCAGGACUGUCUGUAUACAUCGUAUAAACCAAAGCCACCUUCUUUCAGUAUGUAAUAUCCAAGGCCUGCACACAUGGCUUGGUUAAUUCUGUGCCUCUUAUCUACAGGAGCUGUGUUUGGUUUUAACUUUACUGCUGCCUUGAACUGUCAUCCAGAUAGGACUCUGCUCAGUUCAUCUGAUGACAUUGUAAAAUUCACAGGAGAUGGCUUUCUGCUGGGAAAAAGCCCAGCUGUUGUGGACAUAGUAUAUGUAUAGUAUAUGUGGACAAGGAGUCUCAGGGUCUUGUUUACACAUUGGGGUAAAAUAGAUGGGUCUAACUGAUGGAAUGGCACAGAACAAGCAGGUGUUGUACCAGUCAUCAUGGUGGCACCCUGGAAAUUAUUCUGUUAAAAAAACCUGCCUUUGGAGGUAUUAAAAAGCACUUUGAAUCAACUGUGUUGUGAUUAAAAUGCUAAAAAUAGUCUUGACUUGACUUGGCUUGGAUUGACUCUUAAGGUGCUCAGUAAAAAACUAUUAGUGAGGUGGUGAGGUGAAACUCAGCGUUGUCAACACCUUAGUAAGAAAAGUCACUAGUGGCUGUCCUAUACAGAACUAGAUGAUGUCGUCGCCUAAUUUGCAUAUUUUAUUGAUAAAGAGAUAUUUUGUAUUGAUAAAAUAUUAAUGCAGAGCAUUAGGCAGCUAUGUUUGUUGCAUGUGAUUAUCUUAUUGAGGUGGGUCUAUUCUAGGUUACCUUAACUGUGUCCAAAGGGGUGCUUACCACUGAGAUGCCAUCUGAAGGGAUUAUGAUUGAAGGUAAGAUUCAAUAUCAACACUUGCUUCACAUAAGCUGUUGUCUGUCUGUUCCUUAACAUUUAAAACAUUUGGAAAAGUCAUGUACUGGAUGUUAUUGAAGCACGUAAAAAAUUGAGACCGAAAGUAUAUUUAAGUCAGGUACUGUCUCUGUGAUUGGAAGCUCCAGUCAAAACAAGUAACUCCGAAAACACAGACAAAGGGUAAACUGUGUCUCAAAUUUGUCCAGCAUCUUUGUGCACCAGUGCUCAUAAAAUCUCCUGAGGCAGUUAUGCAAAUAAGAAUUUCCUGCUCAUUCCCCAGCUGCUGCCAACAACAUCAGGGUUUAUAUCAUCAGCUAGCUUCAACCUUAUUUCACCCAUUAUUGAGGCUGAACCUGGUAACUUUAGUGGCCUUGGAAAGUUCCCCAUGGUGUUGCCUAGAUUAUAAUCCACCUCAUGACAUUUCAUUGAUCUCAAAUAAGAGUUGUUAAUAUCAAGUAUCUGGUUGAUAAGACCUUUAGAAAGCUAGGUCCAGCCUAAAUGUCCUAAGCAUCUGUUUCUGAAAUUCUUCAUGGCCUACUGAGUGUAAUGGAAAUGCUGAUGGAGGGGCUUUGAAGUUUGAUGAUUCAAGAGUUGGUUUGUAGUUGUGUUGAAAAAUCUAUGAUUUAAAUAACAGGUGAUGGUCGGAGUAAGCUGAUCAUUGAAGCAAACAGCCUGAUAAAGCUCAACUACAUGCUGGCCCGAGUGUCCUACACCAGUAAGAUCUACCACAUACACACUGGAGACCUUGGUAUGUGUCAAACACUUAAGACAAAAUAUAUUUAGUGUGAUGAAAAUGUUUUACAAAAAUGAAAUAACAAAAUAUUCUGGUCAGGAAAGAUUCUGGUAGUUGUUUUUCUGAAGCUGUGGCGACUUCUCAAAAGACUGGUGAUAACAUUUAUAGAGGUCAUGUGCCAGUCACAAUAACAUCUGCAGUCACUUUCAGGAUUUACUUAGCAACAGCCCUUUAUUACCUCUGAAAAAUUUUUUUUUUUUUUUUUUGCUAUUUAAGAAAUGUAUCCUAUCAUUUAGGUAGGCAGCUUCUUUUUGGUCCUUAUACGGUAAAUAAAAUUGUUAAAUUUUGGCGUAGUGGUAAAUGUUUGUAUUAAGAUUUGAACAAGGUUUAUUUAUGAUAUUGAAUUUGUUAUAAUUGGACCCGACUAACUUUUUAAUGUUCUUUACCCAGUGUAUUUCAAGUUUGAGAAACAUGAAGCUGUGUUUCCCAUCACAAUCAAACAACCUCAGCUGCCAGUUCUGUAUGACAUGGGAACAGGUAAGAGAUAAAAAAUAGUGGUGAUCCAGAGAUAUAAUCAUUCAAGCAUUUAUCUGGUUAGUAUCAGCUGGUUUGUAGCACCUACUUCUCUCUAACUGUUGAAUUUACUUUUCCCUCAGAUAUCAACUCUCAUGUCACCAUCACUACAAAGACUUUCCUUCGCUAUCCAAAUCUUAAUACCCUGAUCAGAAGCAUCCGGAGUUUCUACAGCAACAUAAAAAUCAUCAUUGCUGAUGAUAGCUUUGAGCCGCAGAAAAUUACUGGAAAUAAUAUCCAACACUACAUUAUGCCUCCAGCGCAGGUAUUCAUCUACACAUGCACUGUAAUUCUUUUUCUUUUGUAGAAGAGAGAUGGCUAAUGCUCUGAUGAUAAGAAUAAUAAGAGAUAGACAGACAGAAAUACUGAGAGAUAAAAAAACAGCAAUGAGAACAGACAAAAACAAAGUUAAUCCUUCUGUUAUUGUUUGAGUUAAUUGUUGUAACCUCAAUCAGGUUAUUCAGGGGGGUAAAAAAGUGAAACUUGAAUAAUUUGAAUAAGUGCUUUCCCAUUCCUUUUUCUAGGUGCCUUUUAACUUCUUUGUACAGCUUUAUCAUAUAAAGUACAUGUUAUGAAAUCAGGAAGGUCAUAGUUCUGGAAGUAAAAUAUUUCUGUGACACCAGAAGACAGGGCACCACUUCUUGCUGCCUCAUGCCUGAGCAUAAAACUUUUUUUUCAGAGAUCAUCUCAGGUAGACAUGAAACACUGGCAGAGAUCAAAAUAAAAAAAGAGAUCCAUGUUCAAUUAGGUUGUUCUUGAUGGAUAAAACGAUCCAGUUUAAUCACAAUGUGUACUAUCAUUGUAUUAUUUUUAACUCUCUGGACUGCAUUUUGGUAUGAAAUUAACUUUUCAUGAUAAGAGCACUGUUGACUACCCCAGGGCUGGUUCACUGGCAGGAAUCUGGCCAUCUCCCAGGUAACGACUAAGUACUUCCUGUGGGUGGAUGAUGACUUUUUGUUUACAAAAGACACAAAGAUAGAAGAGCUGGUGAGGAUCAUGGAGGCAAAUCCAGAGCUGGAUGUGGUGAGUAUAAAAUAGCUAAACUUCUAAAUGUCAAGGUCAAAGAAAGCUUUGUUAUCCCCAAAUGUGAAGCCAGUACCAUCCAUAAAAUAGGAGUUAGAUAAACAACAAACAGACAGUUUAAUCAUCACUGUAUGAUAAAGUAGUCUUUUGCAUCAGCCGAAGACAGGAAGUGUCAGAUUUUUGCGAUAUUGCACAGUUGGGAAAGGCUGUCCUAGAAAUUUGUUAAAUGUGGGUGUUCAAGGACAAAUCCCAACAAAAUAAAACUCUUACAUUACUUACAGUGGGACUGGAUGCCAGACUGAUGCCAUAUAACAUGGUUAUAUUAUUGGAAAAUGCCUCUCUAGGGUGUUUAGGACCGAGAUCAAGAACUUCAGUUUUGUCUGAGUUGAGCAUGAGAAAGUUAUUGGUCAUCCGAGACUUAGGGCCAAUCCCAAUUGUAACACUUAGUCCCUGUCUCACCCCUGAACCCUUGGUUUUGCGCAUUCACAUCAAGCAAAGGGGUAUCCCAAUUCUCCGUAGGGUAAAGGGGAAGGGCUAAGGCCAAGGGAUACACAGCUCUUGAAACGAAGACAAACCAGGACCCUUUCUUGAAAGCAAGGAGUAUGAUUUUGAUACGAUUUUUAUAGUAGUUAACACAUAUGUCUUUAUCAGAUAUUCAAUCCUUUGCUACUCCACUUAAAUAUUAGUGAUGUUUUGAAAUUUGUUUCACUUUAAAAUUGCUCAUUAUGCAAGCUAGCGAAAGAAUAUAUAGAAAAUAAUAGCAACACUCAUGUCAGACUCGGGCAAUUUAAAGCAGACAGAAUGCACUACAAUGUACUGCAUUUCAUGAAUGAUUAGACAAUAAUCGUCCAGCUCAGCUACAUUCAGUAUAUCAGUAACCUCUUACAUAGACGCUACAUCAGGAGCUUCUACAAAUGCUCUUUUAUGAGUAAAAUACUGUGUUAUUUUCAAACAAUAGCUAACAAUGGCGAAACAUUACAACAGUAGGCAUUGUUUUCCGACUUGUUUACCAGUAUUGUCGCAUCAACCUACAACACAGCCAACAAGUGGCAAGGCAUGAUGACGUAGUUUUCACCCCUUCCCCUUGGCCCUCUAUUCUGAGGGCCAAAAGGUAACAAAGAGGUAAGAUGAAGGGGAAGGGGGAAAGAGUGACAGUUGGAAUUGACCCUUAAUAUCCCUAAGGCAAGCCUCUAGUUAGUUUACCUAAUUUGUUUAUUCUGGCUUCACUGACAAGAAUAACUGAGUGUCAUCUGCACAACAGUGAAAAUUAACCGAGUGUUUCUUCGUGAUUUUACCCAGAGGAAACAUGUACAAAGUGAAGCGGACCUAUCCAAGCACUGAACCUCGUGGAACACAUGAGCUGACUUUGGUGUGCACAGAGGAUUUAUUAGUUAAUUAACAUGGACAAACUGAGAUUGAUCGAAUAGAUACAAUUUAAACUAGAAUAAAGCUGUUCCUGUUAUGCCAAUUGAGUAUCUGCAUGGUGGUUGUAAUUGUUCUUCUACGUUUGCUGUGCUGAUCCUUUGCUACUGUUAUGACUGCAUUUUUUUUUUCAACCCUGGGAUGAAUAAAGGUUUAUCUUAUUUCUCUUAUCUCUUAUGAGCAGGAGGUGGCGUAACAGUGAAGAUGGAGAGAUAAGAGUAUAAAAUUUUCUCAAUUCUCCCCCCAAGUUCUAAGUUGAGAAAAAAAAAAAGACACAUGCAAAUCCAUGUGUCCAGUUUACAAUCUGGGGGAUUUGCUCUUGGGUGCGCUACAGUUUUCUAAUGCCCUUCUUGUGCCCACAUAGUAUUUCUAAUUAAAUACUUUGACAGCACAGUUUUGUGACUGUAGUGUUCUGUUGAACAAGUGAAUUUUGGCUGCACUUCCAUAGAGACAUCUGGAUGAGCAGUUCUGAGGGGACAGUAGAGAGAAAUGUGUUUUACUUAUUGCCCCCCAAAAAACUGUUGUUCUUUUAGGUGGCCUGCAAAUGGAGCCAAUCAAAAUACAGUCUAUGUUUAGGAGAUGCUGUUACACAACAGACAUGUUUUUAACUAAUUCUUUUGUCUUUUUGUCAUAGCUUGGUGGGUCAGUAGGGAGGAACCAAUUUUACUUCACAUUACAGUAUGAAGAAGGAGAAGAAAUGGAGGGUGGCUGUCUGAACAGGAAGUCUAAUGGGAAAUUUCACCAACUUCCUGGUUUUCCAAAUUGUGCUCUGGCCAGUGGGGUUGUGAACUUCUUCCUGGCUCGUACAGAUGCUGCACAGAAGGUGGGAUUUGACCCCAAACUCCAGAGAGUAGCUCAUUCAGGUAAACCCAUGGUUUGGAUUGCAGUUAUUGAAGUUCUGAUGGAUACUGUACAAGGAGGUGUUUUGGCUAACACUUGAAAUAUCUCUUUCUGACUCUAGAGUUUUUUAUGGAUGGGUUAGGCUCCCUGAUGGUUGCCACCUGUAAUCAUGUUUCCAUUGGUCAUCAGCCGCAUACAAACAACGCUCGUUACGCAAAAUUUAGACAUCCAGGAGAGAAAGAUGGGAAGUUCAAAGAGAGGCUUCACUUCUUCAAAAACAACCUGAAGUGUAUUCGCUUUGGAUAGAGGUGACUGAAGGACAUCGAGAUCACCGCUGAGGCUGAUUGGUGUGACUAAAAAUGGAUUUUGCCAUUCUGUUUUCUGUACCUUUUAAAGUCACAUUCAAUUUUAUUUUCCAUCAUUUGCUGAUUGGUAUAAAUCAAUAUUUAACUUUGAAUGUAUUUACAGCUCUUGGAAAAAAUAUAUACAAGCUCUUCAUUUAUUCUUUAUUCUUAAAGAUAGACAUGGAAAUGCAGACAGCGGUUGUGAUGGCUCAACAUUUUAAACACAAUAUUUAGGAAAUAUUGUCGUGUAACUUUCAUUAAACAAAGGAACAGGUAUAUUGACAGAGAGGGCCUUCACAACCGGUUCAUCAUGAAUGACACAGACAUUGUAGACAUUGUAAUGACUAAAUGAAUAAAUGUUAAACAUAACCCGUGUAUCAUUGCUGGUGUAACUUUCAUUAAACAAAGGAACAGGUAUAUUGACAGAGAGGGCCUUCACAACCGGUUCAUCAUGAAUGACACAGACAUUGUAGACAUUGUAAUGACUGAAUGAAUAAAUGUUAAACAUAACCCGUGUAUCAUUGCUGGUGUAGAAACUCUCAGACGCCAAUUUUUUUCAUUUUAAAUUUUCUGUGCUGGUUCUGUUGAUCUUCUUUUUUCCCCUAACAUUGAGCUUUUACUAUUUAACAAAUAAAAGGACUUUAAAAAGGAUUGUGGUUGAAUUUUCUGCAAUGUUUAGAACCCUAACCCUAACCAAAAAACAAACCCUAACCCCCUCACAAUCAGUAAUCCAAUUGUAAGAUGUAGUUUAAGUUAUUCAUAAUGUCAUAUUAUAUUUGUAAAACCAUGUACAAAAAUAUAUAAAUUUUGCAUGAAACUGAUAAAAUAAUGCAAAGUAUGAGGUUCAUACUUGCAAACUAGUAUAAAUCAUACAAACACACAAUGACAACUCCUGCAGUUUUGCUUAUUUAAUACUCCAUUCAGUCCAUUCAGUGCUACAGCCUAAGUGUUGAAAAUUCUUGUAUCCUGCUUCUAGCUUGUUAAAAAUAAAAUGUAGUUCAUCAGUUGUGUUCUUUUGUGUUAGUUAAACAUUAUUUUUGGAUAGAUCUACAUGUGCAAAUUGCAUGUGCACAGCUAUUAGCUGCAUAUACAGUAUGAUCGGAGCGUGACACACUGGUACUUAGGAAUGAGAAGAGGAUAGAAUAGGAUGCUUAGGAAACAUUUUAAACUAUGGCUCCACCUAUUAUCCCGGCUGUGGCAGCUGCGCCAAUAAGAUUAUUGAGCUAGAAAGAGGAUUUCCUCACUUUAUCCAAUCCAGGAGGCAGAAGGCUGAUGUAAACUAUCACCUUUGGCCCAGUGCAGGCUUGUGUGAAAUUCACCAUGGCCUCUGCUCUAUCCUCUCCUGUUGCUGCAGUUGGUGGAGCUGCCACAGGGACCUCUCCGUCUGAGCCAGCCUCCACCCUCCAUUCAGCUGAUGGCAAACCUCCACAGAUUUCCAUUCCUGACGAUUCCUGGACACGGCUCGAGGCUCGACCUAAAGGCCUGAUGAGCUCCAAACCAGCCCAUCAGGCUUUUUUGGUCGCUGGUCAGCACCUGGGGGCGGAAAAGGAAGCCUUUAUCUCUUUCCCUGUCUCCACAUAACAUGCAAUUGAAGAACAAGUCUGACAUCCUGGACCACCACCACUUUCCUACUCUGACAGCCAAGUCCCAGCCUCAUCACCCACCCUCCCGGAGCCCAUCAAAAGUCCCUCCUCCAAUAAGACCUCUGGCUCACCCAUCAACCCUGCUCUACCACCGCACGCCUGCACAGCCAACCACCUGAGCCAAGGUUUCCACUUACUUGGUUCUAUUUAAGUUUCACCCAUAAUCAUAAAUACAGUAGUGCACCCAGGAAUAAGGUGAACAGGCGAAACAGAUAGAAACAUCCCAAACCAUUGGCAUGUGCCACCUCUACCAUGGUGACGAAGUUGCAGUUGUCAAUAGGAAUCACAGGAAACAUUUUAUGCUGGAACCAGCAUUAUGAAGGUUUCUCAGCAAACAGUUUAUCUUAACAAAUCACAUCCACCUCAUCUUCCAGUGUAGGGUUAACAAAAUUUAACAGUGGGCUCAGCGGACAAGGAGUGGCCCUGAACACAUAUUUUCACUCCACCUUUCAGUGUUCUUAAGACAUUAUUUACUGAGUUGGAUGAAUGAUUGUCUCCCUGAGCUCUGUAUAAAUAGCAGUGCUUACACUUGAUUCUUUAUGUCUAUCCAGCAUGACCACAGCUCCAAGUUUUUUCAACACAGUACACAGUUUAUUCAAAAGAUAGAUCUGAUUGACUUGAAGGACAAAUAUCAUGCAGCACAUUCAGACAAUGAGACCCAGAGAGGAAAAGGCUCAAAAUUUACAGCCACUAAUUUUAGUUUUUUCUCACGUGGGGUUGUAUGAAGUACUUGUAAGUAUAUUUCCCUUGGCAUUAUUCUGGUUCGCAAAGCCCUUUAGUAGGGAAACCACUUGAAGAGCUCCAACAGAAGUUAUGCCCCAACUUCUUGUCCAACAUCUUUCUAUAAUAGUAAGGUGAGUCCUAUGUAAGAUUUUACACUGUAAAAGACCAUGUCUAGCACACACUGAGGAGAAAUGCACAGAGCCUAAUGUUUGCUCCCAUUGUUUGUCAGACAGAGAGAUCCCAAGGUCCCUGCCCCAGGCCGCUUACAGGGAGUUCAAACAAUUAGUCUUAAACCUAAUUGAAAUCUCCAUCAAUAAUAAUAUGAUGAUCAUCGAGCUUCGGAAUUUCAGAGAAAAACUUAGACAGGAACUUCUUAUUGUCCCAAGUCAGAGGGGUGUGAACUGAUGUGCUGCGGCAGUAUUCUGAAGCUUGCCUGAAACUAUAAUGUACUUGGGCUGCAACUAACAACUAUUCCAAUAGUCGACUAAUUUAUUGACUAUCUUAACAAUUAGUCAGCUAAUCAGAUUAUGAAGCAUACACUUAUUCAACGGCUCUUAUUUAGCCAUCACCUUUAAAUUCAGCCUGACAUUGCACGUGCUGACAAUAAAGACGAUUUCUUUAUUCAGAAAUAUUAAGAAACUGUGCUGCUCAUUAGGCUGGUACAAAAAUAAAAAUAACUCUAUUAAACUUUUGUCCAUUUAAAAUCAGGAACAAGCAAAGUGCUGAUAAAAUUAAGGUAUUCCUUACUUAUACUUGCUAAUGCUCCAUGAUUUUCAUAGCAGUAUGUCUGUGAUGUGGGAGCAUUUAAAGCAGAAGUAUAAUGGACAUCUGUAGGACACAACUCUGUCUCUCCAUUGUUAGCAUGCUAGGUAACAAGCUAACUAUCUUACUGAGGAGAGUUGGAGAUCACAACCUGUUCAACAUGCCUCUGCUUAAAAUGCUCCCACAUCAGAGAUGUACUGCCAUGAAAACCAAGGUCUGCUUUGCAAAAGGAGCACAUUUUCUGUGUCUUUGACGCAUUUAGGGUAAAAUGUUCCCAUAUUUUUGAUGUUGUUUUUUUUCUUUUCUCACUCAUUGUGUUGUUAUAAUGGCUGCAGCCAUUUUUAAAAACUUCCUGUUGCUUGCCGGUCAUGAGUUGCGCUGACUCAUACGCGUUCAUUUACGGACCCGAAAAAAGCAAAGAUGUUGACAAAUCGUUGUACCCCUAUAAUGUACCACCCUUUAGGGUCCUAUACAGAGGCAGUGAGUUCAAUCACAAUAUCUCUGUGUCUAAUGAUGGCUGCAACUGGGGCCCUCUCUGAAAAUCUUGUGUAAAAAUAGUGGCCCAUCCAUGUUUUUCUUUGAAGUGCAAAGGUGCAUCUCUUGUGAAAAGCACAGGUCCCCUCUGAGCUCGUGUAGACGUGAAAUUACCUUACUGGCCUGAGUGGCAUUGUUCAUCUCCUUGACGUUGAAAGAGUUGAAGUGAAUAUUCUUACUACUCACUUGUAUUACCCAGGUGCAUACCAAAUCUGCCCUGGUGGGAAGACACACGCACAUAUAUUCAUACACAUAGACAUGCUGUCCUAUACAGACCCAGACCUGCAAUCAAUAAAUUAUAAUGGGGUUUUAAAAUUGAUCAGGUCACUUCUUUUAUAACUGGCACUAUUUUUUUCUCAACCACUCAUCACUCCACUGCACUGAUCAUUGGACUAUUGAACUACUGACUUAUAUAUAUAAGUUAAAUGUCUAUUCUGAGCUUGUACAUACUUGUAACUUUUUGUAACAGUUUUUGUAAAAUUUCAUUUUUUCCAUGUUUGUAUACUUGGCCAAUAAAGCAGAUUCUGAUGAGUUACACAUCACUAGUGAAGUGUGGAUGGAUGCCAGUCAGUUCUGUCCCUUUGAUGAGAAAUUGUCAGAAGAAAGUCUUGGAUUAAGUGUUUGUUCCACUGAGAUUUUUUUGCUGUCACAAAUGAGACAAUGGUAAAAAACUACACAAACAAAACAGACCAAAAAAUGAAAGGCCGGAACAACAGUGAAAUUCAACUCCUCUUCAAUUUCUAAAUCGAGGACAUCUGUGAGUCACAAGCCGGUUAGUGCACUCAUAAGGGGUGAGUGAGGGUGUGUGUGUGUUAAUGCAUUAAUAAAUUCCUGUUAAAGAUAUAAUCAAAAAAAUAAUAACACACACACACACACACACGGUAUUAAAACGCUACGGUUAUCUACCAUACCCAUUUUCUUGUAAAACAGUGUUGUGUGUGUGAUUAAGGCUCCAUUCCACUCUGUCUCUCACAGAACCGUGUGCACAAGAGAGAAGCUGCUGCCUUAUGGGUAACUGUUUAGACAUGACAGAGGAGUGACUUGAACCUUUAGGAUUUUUAUAGCAAUUAAGACAAGCAGCUUUCGUGGGGGCUAACAAGUCCCCUUUAACUUAUUCAAGGUAAAUAUGAGUCAUAUUACAGAAAAGCACCCAUCAGUGCUUGUUAAGCUAACUGCUUGUUAAUAAGAGUAAAGAGUAAUCUACUAUGACAGCUGCCUGUGUAGACUGUUUAUCAUCCCCCGAUUCUUAAACUUUUCUAGAUAAUGAGUUUAUUGUGACUUUGCUGUUGUAAACAUUGCUGCUCCAACUAAAAUUCACAGCAGCCACAAUUGUCAUUUUAUAGUUUUUUUCACAUUUUUAGAUGUGUAUUUCUGUUUUGCACUGGCCCUCCCAUUUAUUUAUUUUUUAUUAUUCUUUUUUGUUUGUUUGUUUGUUAUUAAAGCAAUGCUAUGCUAAGUUAUUCAUAAUGUGCAACCUUCUUAACAUUGUGCAAACUCAUAUUUAGUGUGAAACAACAUUGUUUUCUCUGUUUUGUGCAUGUAGGCAUUCCUAAAGCUUACAAACCUGUCUAGAACUGGAGAAAAGAUGAGACAGGUAUCAGUGCUUCUGUUCAGCCUACUUUAGCUCCAUAGACUGAGGAGGUUCCCUGUGCAAGAGUCCGCUAUCCAAGAUAGUCCCAAGGGGAAAAGCACAGAGCCACACUGCCUUCUGCUGUAUGGUGCAUACAUUAUUUUACAAUGAACUCUGAAGUUCUUACCAAGACAUUUACUCGCAGUUAUUAUGGCUCAUGUUUUACUGCUCCUUUAACAUGAAUACCCUGUUGACCAAAUAUAGCAAUCACAAAUACCAAAAAAUGUGAUGACACAUUUGCUCUGUGUCACACAUGCAUUAGUGCAAUCAUCUGUCUAACCAUAAAUCAUGCACUAGUAAAACAUUACCUUAAAAUAAUGCUUGUUCCUCAUACCCUGAUGUUGCUACUGAAACCUUGCUGCCAUGUACCUUGUUGACUCCAAUAGCUGCUACUACUAGAUGAAAUGUUAGACUAAGCGUGCAAUUAUUUAACUUUGCACACUGUUUAUAUUUAAUAUUAAAUUCAAUGUUAAUACAGUAAACAUAAUGUAUAUUUACCUUAAGUAGGCUACAUAAUCCAUCUGUAAUCCAGUGACAAGUAUUGGCUAAUUUUCUUUCAUAACCACUCUUCACUUCACUGCGCUCCUUAUUAUUACACUUUUGCACAACUGUUUUUCAUAUAUAAGUGAAAUGUUUAGUUCGUUGUGUACAUACGUGUAAUUUUUGGAACAUUCUUUGUUUAAUGUUUAUACAUAGAGACCAAAGUUCAUAAAAGUCAAAUUCCUUGUAUGUGUACAUACACAUACUUGGCCACUAAAGCUGAUUCUGAUUUUCGCUGGUCCUGUAAUAUUACACACUUUUAUAAUUAUCAGCAUUGUAAAUUUCAAUUGUAUUAUGUUGUUUAAAGUAUCUACCUGGUAUCAACCAAUCUAAACUGAAGUCUGUUUUUGCUACCUUCAAAAUACUACAAAGCGUUUUGUUCAUGGUGGAUUAAUGCAGAGUCUCUGUGAAGCAAAGACCGUGGAUUUGCUCUUAUUUGGACAAAUGUACCAGAACAACAUUUGUAAUAAAUUAUUUAAAUAGAUUGAUUGGUUGGUUGGUUGGUUGGUUGAUUGCUUUGUUGUUUCCAAAUGCUAAAAUGAUUAUCUAUAGUGCUUUCCCUGGUCUCCUUCCCACUUAAAGUGCUGUAAAAUGAUAUACCAGAUUCAUUCACUCACAUUCAUCUAUGCAGAAUGGAGCAGGGUGAGUGAUGAUCUAUGACAAACUAACUUAUUUGGAAUUGUGUGAUUAUUUCAGUUUAAAGUAUUCUUAAAGGAGACAAUGGUGUGGACCCUUCUUAGUAUUUCAUUUUAUCUUAUUUUAUUUUAAAUUUAAUUUAUUUUUAAGUUUAAGUUGAUUUUUAAAUAGGAAGUACCUUUAGCUUAAAUAGAUUUUAGAAUCAUUUUGAUAACUAAUGGCUAAUUUAUGACAGUUACUUAUUUCAUUUUCUUUUGUUUCAAUGUAACAAAACUUUAUAAUAUGAUCUGUAUAAGUUAAUGCUUGUUCUGUUGAAAUGUCCCUUUUUUAUGGACUGAUCUAAUUGGGGUUUAAUGAUUCUUUUGUGUCUAUAAAUUUCUGAUCGUGGUUUCACUUUGGUCAGGAACUAACCUGUUCCUACCUGCAUGGCAUAUUUUAUAACUCACCAGUCACUGUGAGGGCAGAAGACAACGCCCUCUCCUGUGUCAAGGGAUAGCUGUUAUUUUUAACCUUUCUCAUUUGCUGACUUUUUGUUAGUCCACCCCUCCUAAACCCUGUGUCACACUUUUGAGCAGGUUUUUCAGCGUUUUCAGGCUGCUCGUUUUACCUGUUCAUGUCAUAGGAGGGUCUGUAUCCAUGUUACAAGAGACAGACAAGAGACAGACACUGGCAAGAGAAAAUGGUAAGAACAAUAUUAUUUUUGCAGUUUUUCAUGUUUUAGCUGUCAUUUACCUGUUGAAUCACUGUAAAAUAUAAUGUACCACUUUGGGGUGUUUUAUGUUUGUUUGUUUGUUUGUUUGUUUGUUUGUUUUUUCCAAUGUAGUGGUCUGGGGCACUUAGAGUGCUCAGGGUUUAACGUGUCCAGGGAUAAAAUGUCUACUUUACAAGGCAUACUUUAUUGAAUGUACGAUGUGGGAGGAUUUUUUUGCUUUGGCUUAAAAUUCAUGUCUGUCAUUUUUAUGAUUUACCUUUAAACUUUCCAUGUACUAACAGGGGAAUGUUUAGUCUACUUCAUAUAUUAUGCUUACAAAUUAAUAUACAUCUUUUGCAUCAUAGGCCUAAUGAUUUUCUCUUUUUGUCUGUCAGCUUCAUUUUAUUAUUUAUCUCCAAUAUGCUCAAGGGUUUAGUGUGCAGUUUUAAAUACAUAUUGGUCUGCAAAAAAAAAACAAAAAACUUUCAACCUGCUGGACCAGUUUGAAGGUGUCGGUGGAAACAUCAGUGGUAUUGAGGGAUGCCUAACUUCCUGUACAUCCCCCCACUGAAACUUGCAUGAGCCAACUGAAGCAACAGGAGACCAUUCCAGCUUUUGUUGGAUGUAUGUCAGAGAGUGUAAAACCAGUUUGCUGUUUGCCCUGCAGGUGAUCAACAGCUUUAGAGGCCAUCGUUCUUUUGAGAAAAAUAAAUUGAUCUUCAACCAGUCCUUUCUUUUCUUAAUUAAAAUAAUAUAUAUAUAUAAAUAUAUGCUUAUAAUAUCAGAUUACUUUGUUUACAUUUCAUUUUUGUUUAUUGCUGUAAGAUAUAGUUUUCAUUUCACAACAUAUCACUCGAAAAUGAUUGACUGAGGUGUAAAUGCUUGUAUAUUGGUGACUGGCUUUUCUGCUGUGGCCUAAUCUAUGUCUCUCAUUAGAUGGCUGUGUUCAACAGACAACUACUCCAGGUGGUGGCUUUGGUCUCUGUUAUCACCUUGCUGACAUUCUAUAUCCAUGUGUACCACACCUGUCCCACAAACCUGGCCAGUAAGAAUAUCAACACACAAAACCUAAGGUAAGCUCACUCUUUGUGUAUGUAGGCUAUUUGUGUGUUCAUACAGUACACUCAUUGAGCAUUUCCUCAACAAAUCUAAAAGCAGCUUCCGUUUAACCUAAACAUUUGAAAAAACAAAUUUAAUCAAAUGAGUUCAUCCAGCCAAACCUUUUCUAUUUCAGUCUUUCAAAGUAAAACACCCUUAGGCGAUGCUUCCACUUCUGUUUUCUUUAUUUACCUGGUGAAAUAACAAACUUAAAAAACAAUUAUAGGCGAUUGUGGACCAUUUCUAAGGGCGCUGACGUGCAAGAAAUCAUAUUGACACCCACGAAACAAUCCUGCAAUGGCAAAGGAAGUCUAUAUGCGCUAUACAGUUUUUUUUUUCUUCUUUUAAUCUGACAGAUAUUUGGUAACGUUUUCUUUUACAGUACACUUAUUACCAGGUAAUUAACAGGUAAUUACCUAGUAACAACAUGAAGUUAUCUGGUAAUUACAUGAUAACUACUAAGUCAAUACUGUCUAGCUACCAGGUAGUCAACCUUCCAUCAUCAUACAAAUUUGAAGCCGAAUUGCUCUGGUAUUUCCAGGAUUUUCUCUGCUUCCUGGAGCCGCCACUUGCGCAGUAGCAUUGUACACAUCCGGUGGGUGAAUCGCUGCGAUAGUGCUCGGCUCAAACGGCGUAUCGCUACGCAAUCUUCUCAUGCCCAUAGGCUGUAUCAAGUGUCAAUCACAGAAAAUAAGAACCCCAAAUAGCUUUUGAAAAACAGAAUAAAGAAAAAAAGAAAAACUAGACAGUAUUGACGUAGUAGUUAUCAUGUAAUUACCAAAUAAUUUCAUGUUGUUACUAGGUAAUUACCUGUUAAUUACCUGGUAAUAAGUGUACCGUAAAAGAAAGCGUUACCAGAUAUUUUGUCAACAUUUGAAAUUUCAUGUGCUGGAAUUUUUGUUUUUUUUUGUUGUUUUUUUUUUUGGUUGUAAUUUUGUGCAUAAAGUGUGAAAAUGAUAUUAAAGUCACGCCCAGAUCUCUGUCUGCUUUAUAUCAUAGUCUUACGUCCGUGAAAACGUUUGCACGGACGUAAGACUUUUAUGCGUCAUUCCCCUCAAGCCCAAAGUGGUUUAUUGGGCAGACCGGGACAAUUCCCGGUGGACCAGUCUGGCAACUUUUUCACCGAAACGAGCUCGCAGUUUCCAACGACAAAUGAGGAAGAUGAAACGGGUAGGGCAAGAUGUUGAACUUUGACUGCAAAUAAUCGAUCAAGUCAAUUAUCCAUUUAUCAAGUCAAUGCAUUGUGUGGAGUUGUGGCAUACAACAUAACGUUAUAUAAUAUAAAUAGGCCUAAUAGUUACUGUGCUAACACUAUUUAGUACAGUAAUAGAAGACAAUGAUAACAAUGAUAGGGAGGUGUGAAGAUGAGAUGAAGACGCUGGUCAAGAUGGAUGUUGUAUAUUUGAGAGCAUAGUAUAUGCUUUUAUCUUUCAAUGACUUUCAGAGCUUUUAGAAUGUUAGUUUAACCAUGUUUUUGUUUUUCCUUCUUGGUGCUUAACAUUAUUAGAGACCAAACUAGUUCAGAUUUUUUAAAUGAAUUAAAGCUACUCUUCUCAAUCGAGGGUUUUGUCACACCAGACACCACUUCCAUAAGGGGAAAUGGGACUUCCUCAGCAUACUGGCACUUGUUUCUGGCUGUCUUUUAUUUCUGACAUUUUAAAAUUUCAAACAAGUACUGUUAAAGUGUGGUUAUACUCACUUACUUUCCCCUCUAAUAGAGUUUUUAAAAAACCUCUCUGUGAGGAUGUAAAGAUGAUGAUGUUCUACAGUGCUGAUCCUGGACACCUCCUCUUACCUGUAAAAACAUGUGUAGAAAAUGCUUACUGAGCCGUGCGACACCACUGAGCAGACUUUCAGAGCGUCCUAAUCUUGAGGGGUUUCUGCUCCAACCAUUAAGAUACACUGAUGGUCUAAUAGUUGUGAAGUUUCUAAAGAGGACACAGUUGAAUUCUCACAUCUAUCCUUUCAGGGUCACAUCACCAUCCAGUCCAUCUCCCUCUUCAGGUCCAUGCACUUGUCCUGCUGGCUCAAUGCUCCUCAAAGACCAAUUCCCCAAGGAUCGGUAUGAAGAGUUUGCAAAGCGCAGAGCCAAGGAGCUACAGCAACACAAAGCCAGGUAGGGUCAGAUGGAUAACUUCAGUGUUUCUUUUUUUGUUGUUUGUUUGUUCUGAGGGAAUUGGUAAAGAUAUCCACUUUAUUUAAUUGAUCGUAACCUAGUCUAAGGUUUUUUCAUGUAUUCAUUUAGCCCAGUCUGCCUCUGAUAGCUUUGUUACCGGGUUAAAUUUAAAUAAGUUUUAAGUGAAAGCUACCCAGACAGUCACCAUGUAAAAUAGUCUUCAGUUUUGAUAAAAGAAUUUACCCAGUUAAUUUUUGUCUUACUCUGCUGAUUAGCGACCCAAUAAAAACUGACUCUUGACCCAAUUUGAGUCACAACCUGUUGAUGUAGAAAUGUAACCACUCUUUUUGGCUCCAUAUUGUACUGAUACUCAGGUGUUCACAUUAGUCCUGUAAAGACUACUACACUAGGUCUGUAGCAAAUAAAUAGAGCUAAAAACUCUUUCCCCAUCUCCUCAACAGGACUAACUCAGUCUUAUCCAGUCCACUGAUUGCUCCACCUAACUCUCCUCUGCAGUAUCCUAUCCAGGGUUUUACCGUACGCCCAUUGACCUCCACUCUCAUACCAGGUUUACCACUCACUCCAUAAACUGUUAACACACAGCAAUAUCAAACAUGCACCUUGACGUGUACAUAAGGCCAUUGUGCAGAGACAGGGAGCUUGGUAAAUUUCGAUGGCAGUAAACCCUGUGUGGAAAUUACCGUGACCCACCAAAGGACAGCAAAAUCAUCUCCUGUCCUCUUGAUUUCAGAUUUAAUGCUCCAGGCGCAACCAAGAGAAAGCUAUAAGGUAGGUGUGGUACAGCAAAUCUGGCAGUCCCACUUGAAACAAAGUACUUUUACAGUAAAUUAGAUUUUGUACAAACACAUCAUUAUGAGCUUUAAGAAAAAAUAAACCUAUCUACUCUAGGUAUCAUUGUCUGUGACCAAGGGGGUCUUAACCACUGGAAUCACACCUGAAGGAGUGACUGUAGCAGGUGAGAUAUAUCAGAACAAAGCUGACUGUAAGGCCCAGAAUGAGCAGGACUCAGCCUAAUUGACCUAAACUGGUGAAAUUCUAUAAUUGUAAAUGACAGGUGUUGGUGAGGUGACUUUGAUAAUGGAGUCGAGCAGCUUGGAGACCCUCAACAGCGUGCUGGCUCAAGUAUCAUAUACCAGCACUGUCUACCAUAUCUACACUGGUGACCUUGGUAUGUGUCUACGUGUCAAGAAAUAAAUCCUCGUGAACAUCAAUUGCAGAUGCUUAAUAGCUCUUUUGUCUUGUAACUUGUGAUAGUUAUCAUCAAAAAUGAUUGUUUACUUGACAGUCAAUGAUGAACAGUGAGACUCAAUUAACAUGUCCUUGUCUGCACUCAGCCUCCCUCCAGUUUGAGGACCAUAAAGCUGUAUUUCCCAUCACUAUUAAACAGCCUCGCCUGCCAGUCCUGUAUGACAUGGGAACAGGUAGGUAUAAUGUAAUUACCCAGAGCUCAAAUUGUAAAAGCUCUAAGACCUCAAAAUAAAACUGAGAAUGUAACAUAGGAGAUUAUUAAAAAAGCUAGAAAAAGUUUCAAUCAGUCUGCUCUUUGGAUUUUAGUCUUUUAACAUCAACCUAUGCUGUCAAAUUUGUUUUCCUCGGAUUUUUGGAAGUUAAAAUUCUCAGAAAAUCGUAACUUAAAAACAUUACUGUCAGAUGAGUACCUGCAAAAGAUGUUCUGUACCUCAAUCAAAUAUAUUCACCUUUAACUUUUUCAAAGAUUCAGAAAAAUUUAACUAAUCAAUCGCCGUAAAAAUCACAUUUAAGUUAGCUGCAGCAAGUCCCCAUUAAAGGCAGUUCAAACCUCUUACAUCCUCUAGUUUUAUUUGUUUUCUUCUGCUUAUUCAUCAGAAAUCCGCUCUCAGGUAACCAUCGUCACCAAGACAUUCCUGCGCUACCCAAAUCUCAAUGUGUUGUUGAGCAGCAUACGUCAAUUCUACAGCGACAUUACAGUCAUUAUUGCAGAUGAUAGCUUUGAACCACAGAAAGUGACCGGGGAGAACAUCUUACACUACACCAUGCCUCCAGCACAGGUAAAAACCCUUUUGUAUUUGCCUUUUGUUGAUCCUUGUAGCAGCCCCUGUAACAAGUUCAUCCUGUUUCUCAUUGCUCAACACUUAGUUUAACACACGUACAUAACAUUCUCCAACACAAAAGUAAAAUACAAUCAUUUAGAUCGAUGGGUUUAUGUGUGGCAGUUUGCGCCAGUGUUAAAAGCAGGUGAGAGGUUUUUCAGGCGUUAGACUGACAUUGGCGGAGCCAGGUUUUUUGUCUGAGGUGGCCACAUUAGAGUCCAGACUUUGAUAGAGGUGGCCAGGUAAUGUUGGCAUAUCUUAGGGUAUAUCCCCAGGGUUAUUUACACCAAUCACUUCCACUUUACCUUCUAAUAUUCAAAUGGGAUACUCUUGCAUCAUUUGUGACUUUAAAAUGUAUCCUAACAAAAUGUCAACAUUUCAAUCUGAUGAACUAAAUUCUUUAGGGACUAAAAAGAAGCUGUUUGUCGGAAAGAAGUCACUAUUUGGCUGUGGCCUUUUAAGUUUCUUUCAUUUCUUUUGAUCUUUUGUUGGUCUUUUCAUUAGUUUUGUCAAACAUUUCUGUCAUUUUUAGUGCUUAACUUAGCACCUGGAGUGCUAGCAAAAGAAAAUUCUUUUUACUGAAAUGCAAAGAAGCUAGGUGCAGUCAAGUAAAAGAAAACUUUAUUUCAGGACAAAUGCCACCUCUGAUGAGGCAACUGGCUUAUUAGAUUAAUAAGAGUUCAUUGUUCUGACUCAAAUCUAAAAUUUUACUUUAUUUAUAUGGCACUUUUCAGACAAAAAGAUGUAGUUCAAAGUGCCUCACAGAGGCUAAAAACAACAAUUAGACAACAAUAAAACCCAACCCUCCCACCCAUGGACCCACACACACAGACACACACCCACCGUCACUUACCCACACAUACACACACACACAAGCGCACUGCCAUCGCCUUAAGAUGCUGGGAUUGGCUCCAGCCCCCACGUGACCCUGGGAACGGGAAUAAGCGGUAGAAAAUGGAUGGAUGGAAUGAAAAUCUUUAAGGAGAAACUUGAAUGCCCCUCAGAUUCUUUUUUUUGAACAGUUUUGUUUAAAAAAAUGUUUUAUCUCUUUCAGGGCUGGUUUGCUGGCAGAAAUUUGGCCAUCUCCCAGGUAACCACAAAGUACUUCCUGUGGGUGGAUGAUGAUUUCCUGUUUACAGAAGACACAAAGAUAGAGAAGCUGGUAGAGACCAUGGAGGCUGUCCCUGAACUCGACGUGGUAGGAAUGAUUUAUUAUUUUUUUUCUUGCUAUGUGAGGUUUUCGACUCACCAACAAAUGAUUUCUUAAUCCUCAAACACUUGAAAACCUUCUUACCUCCAUUAUUACUCAGGUCAUUCUUUCAGGGUCAUUUACAUUUGGUUUCAGGCAGAGACUGAAGGAGCUGGAAUGAGAUCAAGAUUGGGUUUGGAUUUUGAUGAAAUACAAGAUUAGUUGUCUCAUAUUUGUCAUUUCAUGCAUAAUGUUUUAAGUGACACAUUUCACUGUAUACUGUAACUUAGUGUUCAAAGGACUUAUUAUUAUUUUAGCACUUGCCUUGUCCAAAUAUACCAAGGACAAGGCAAGUGCUAAAAUAACUUUCAUAGAUGUAGCAAUCUUGUUUCCGCCUCCAAUUUUGCUUUUUUCCGACUUGGUAACUGAAACGCUGGUAACUUAGGUGUGACGUCAUUCCCAGCUCUGACAUCUGACUUCCGAGGUAACUCGAACACAGCAUAAGUGGCUCCAGAGUUGGCAGCAGGUCAUCUGUGUUAAUUAUUUUAUACCAUCAUGUUACUGGUAAUAAAAGAGCUUGUACUGCUCUUUGGCGCCUCUAUCUAUAAAACUUUCUCGGUGCCCAGCUGGUGUCUGUGUGUAUCCUUAUAAGACUAAAAACUGUUGUAACACCCAGACGUAAAAUGUACACUACAGGCCAAAAGUUUGGAAGCAAGAUCAGAUUUGUACAAAAAAAGAUCAUAGUUUUAUAUAUAUAUAAUUUGCAACACAAUAAACAUGACUGUUGUGUAAAGAGUAAUUUAUCAGAAGACAUUUUGACUAUAAUUAUUAGGUAUUUGAGUUAUUGUUGCUUAGACUUUGCUUUCUUUAAAGUAACCUCCUCUGGCUUUAACAACAGCUUGGCAUAUACGAGGCAUUCGUUCCACAAGUUUUUAAGGUAUGUUCCAGGGAUUGCAUUCCAAGCUUUCUUAAAUUCAUUAACAGGAGACUGCUGAUUCGUGGGACGCGUUUUUCUGACUGAUCGAUCCAAUUCAUCCCGCACAAGCUCAAUUGGAGAGAGGUCUGGAGACUGAGGGGGCCAAACCAUCUUUUGAAGAACACCUUCCUCUCCUUUUUUGUCUAGAUAACCCUGACAGAACUUGGCAGAGUGCUUAGGGUCAUUGUCCUGCUGUAAAACAAACUUAUGAGCCACAAGUCUGAGUCCAGAUGGAACAGCAUGGUGCUGGAGGAUGGAGUGGUACUGUUCCUUCUUCAUGAUACCCUUUACUUCACACAAAUCUCCUAAUCGAUCACCUACAAAACUACCACAUCCAUGCUGAAUUGUGGGUGUAACACAUGGUGCUUUCAGAAGUUCACCAGUUUGUCUGCGGACAUAGACUCUGCGUUUUGAACCAAACAGUGCAAACUUGUUUCUAGUCAUCAUAAGUCCAAUUUUUGUGAGCUUUUGCCCACCCAUAUCUCUUUUUCUUGUUCUGUGGACGAAGUAGUGUUUUUUUGCAGAUACACAACCCUUCAGACCAGCCUUUCUCAAACGUCAUUCCACGGUUGUCAGAGAUAUGGGUUUCGACCUUGUCAUGUUGAUUUCCUCCCUUAUUUUUGGUGCUGUCUUUCGCCGAUCUCUCUUACUGGUGACAAUGCUAUGUUUAUCCUCUGCUUUUGUAGUAACUUUCUUUCGUCGAGGUCUUUUUCUGUCAUCAUAACUUCCAGGUUCCUCUAGUCUCUUCAGAGUGUAGUGGACUCUUUUGUUAAACACCUUUAGGCGUUUUGCAAUUUCUCUUUCUGUGUAUCCUUCUUUCCUCAAUGUACAAAUAUGUACUUUUGUUUCUUUACUCAGUUGCUCCUUUCUAGCCAUUUUUGCGGUAGUUUGAACGCAGUUGAGAUUUAUUAGGAUUUUUGUAUGCAGACUCUCAAAAGGCAAAAAGUUGAAUUGAAUAAUCCAAUUGUGAUGUUUUUUUUGCUUUUGCACUGAAGUUGUGACUCUUGCAAAUGUUUUCAACCCUAAAACUAAGCCCUUAUUAUCUUUUGCUGACAUAUAUUUAGCAAUGGUCUGUUAACAUCAAUGUAUAUCUAAAGGUAAAUAGAGUAAAAUGGUGCAUUUCCAUGAAAGCAACAUCUGAUCAUGGAGUAAAUACAUCCCAAAAUACAUAAAACUUAUCCUGGAUUUAAAAAAAAAGAAUUGUGAACAAAAACUUGAAGUUACUCCCAACUGUUUGGCCUGUAAUGGCCUUGCUUCCAAACUUUUGGCCUGUAGUGUACAUAAACAAAUUCACAGUUCAUGUGUAUUCACAGUUUUACUGUUCAGAUAACACAAGGUUAUGAAGGAUUUAACACAGACUACCUCUUUCCUCUUCUGUGCUUUUUGUGUGUCUGUGCAACCAGUAUUUUAUAUUGAAACUGACAAACUGUUUUUGUAAGUUAGAGAGUUACAAGGUCUGUUAAUUAGUAAAUCAGUAACAAAUGGAGUGAAAGACAUCAUUUAAGUCGACAUCUGGUUUCAAGAGCAAGACUUGGGGUCAAUCAUUUGUCAAGUAUUUUCACAGCAGACCGUAACUCCUCAAUACAAAUUUGUAUAAGGUUUGUUGUUUGCAUUGAAGCAUUUCUACUAUAGGAUUAGUUUCUGUGCUGAGCUCCAUGUCAGAAAAGAGAGGAGUAGAAGCAGUUUUCAACAUGAGCGCAUCGUGGGAGAACACUGACAUACUUUUGUUCAAACACAAUAAAACUGUAAACCUGAGCAUCUUCCCCCCAGGCAGGCUGAGCUGCAGGGACAUAACAGACCAGUUUACAACCAGUUCUUUGUCUUUCCCUUUAUUUAUUUUUUUUGUUUUUUUUUAGCUUGGUGGAACAGUGAAAGGGAACCAGUUUUACUUCACAUUAGAGUAUGAAGAAGGAGAAGAAAUGGAGGGUGGCUGCUUGAACAGAAAGUCCAAUGGGAAGUUUCAGCCACUCCCUGGUUACCCAAAUUGCGCUCUGGCCAGUGGGGUCGUCAACUUCUUCCUGGCUCGUACAGAUGCUGUACAGAGGGUGGGAUUUGACCCCAAACUCCAGAGGGUAGCCCAUUCAGGUAGGUUGAAGCCCCAAUAGAAUUUGGAUCAUAAUGCUGAGGCAAAUCCUAAUCUUGUCAAAGAUUUUAACCAUUGCACAAGAAGGUGUAGUAGCUCACUUUUCUAAUAUCUGUUUCUGACCCCAGAGUUUUUCAUGGAUGGGUUGGGCUCCUUGAUGGUUGCCAGCUGUAACCAUGUGUCUAUUGGCCAUCAGCCCCAUUCCAGUAACAAGGACACAGCUCGCUACUCACAAUUCAGACAUCCUGCAAAGAGUGACCAAGACUUCAAACUUCGCCUUCAUUUCUUCAAAAACUACCUAAAAUGUGUUCACUAUGGAUAGACCAUGAGCAGUGGAGCUUUCUUAUAGAUCUUUCUUGUUCAAAGCCAUUAUCAUACUUUUCUAUGAUGCACAAUUGAAACUAGAAAAGUGAUGAAAUGUUUGACCAAUGUCAGCCUUGUUUACAUUUAUGGGACUGUGCAUAUUUGGGAUAUUUUUGAUUGCCUAUAUUUGUAUUGUUUGUGGUUUUAUAUGAUCCGCCUAAUUGUAAGAAAUUACCUCAAAUUCUUGCUUCUCAGUUCCUAAAAGGAGAUCCUGAAAUUUGCACUACCAAACAAAUUAUAAGUUACAUAAGACAACACUGAGACAUUGUUAGUUUUUGAGCUGUUGCAGCUACAGCAGUUCACCAUCGGUUAGCAGAUAACUAACAUCAACAAAGGUUAUUGAUAAAAGGUGUUUCAACCUUGAACAAACACUUCUUAGGAAGGACAAAUUACAAAGGAUUGGACAAAACACUUCUCAGGAAGGACAAAUUACAAAGGAAGGUAAAAACCGGUUUGUUGUUUACAACAUCUCCCCUGUGUGGGUUGCUAUUUGAAUAUUAAGUUUUCCCUGAGGCAGGAACAAAAACUCUACAGUUUUGUGAGACUGACACUGAACUAAGUUUAAAAGUUUGAUUCUACUUUUACAAAUACUGGUGGUUUAAAGAGCGUUUGAUCAGCUUGUGGCACAAUUAGACACAUUGUCUAUUUAUAACAUAAUAGGUGAAGGUUUUACUUUGACUGCAGGAAUUUUCCAUCCAGGUGUUAUUUCUGGUGGUAAGUUUGUUGUAUUAAAAAAUGAAGGAUGGCCUUUACACAUUAAAAAACUGAAUCACUUG